AUGGAUCCGGAGAAGGUGCACGAGGAGACGGUCGAGGACCUCAAAUCCACCGUCUUGUUACCGGAUAUCGAUCGGGCAGCGGAAAAACGACUUCUGUGGAAAGUUGACCUGCACGUCGUACCUAUUUUGACGUUCUUGUUUCUGCUCGCCUUUUUGGAUCGCAUUAACAUUGGCAAUGCGAGGUUGCAGGGGUUGGAGGAGGAUUUGGGGAUGGUGGGACAUGAUUAUAAUAUUGCUCUGUUCAUUUUCUUUAUUCCUUAUAUCUUGUUCGAAGUGCCGAGCAAUUUAUUUCUGAAGAAGAUGUCGCCUUCUUUGUGGCUGAGCAUUAUUAUCUUUUGCUGGGGCAUUAUUACGACAUGUCAAGGUCUGACGACAAGCUUUGGCGGUCUCGUCGCUUGUCGCUUCUUGCUGGGGAUCUUUGAGGCUGGGUUGAUGCCGGGCUGCAUCUACUUGAUUGCGAUGUAUUAUAAGCGCCACGAGUUACAAUGGCGGUUCAAUCUGUUCUUCAGUGCGAGCAUUCUGGCCGGUGCAGUCAGCGGACUUCUUGCCUAUGGCAUUGGAAAGAUGGAUGGCGUAGGCGGUUACCGCAGCUGGCGCUGGCUCUUCAUCCUCGAAGGUCUGGUGACGGUAAUCGCUGGCGUGGCGGCCAAGUUCCUUAUCGUCGACUGGCCCGAAACGGCGACUUUCCUGACCGACGACGAGCGCACACUGCUGCUCCGACGUCUAUCCGAAGACCGGGGCGCGGCGCAGAUGAACCGCUUCGACAAGCCUGCAAUGAAGCGCACGUUCCUCGACAUCAAGAUCUACAUUGGCGCCCUUAUGUACUUCGGAAUCGUCAACACAGGCUACGCUACCUCCUUCUUCACCCCAACGAUCCUCAAACAGCUCGGCUGGACGGAGGUCCGCGCCCAAGUCAUGAGUAUCCCCGUCUACCUCGUUUCAACGGUGGUUUCCCUCACCACGGCCUUCAUCAGCGACCGAAUCCGCCACCGCUUCGGCUUCACCAUACUCGGCUGUCUCAUCGCCACAAUCGGCUACGUGAUCCUCAUCUGCCAGGAAUCGGUUGCCGUGGGCGUGCGUUACUUCGCCGUGUACGCAGUCAUGGCCGGAGGGUUCAUGGCGCAGCCGAUCCUGCUGGGCUGGGUAAGCAACAAUAUGGGUGGACACUAUAAGCAGUCUGUUGCGUCGGCGAUGCAGAUUGGCGUUGGUAACUGUGGUGGACUCGUCGCUAGCAAUAUCUACUUUACUUCGGAGGCGCCGACGUAUCCCACUGGAUUUGGGGUUAGUCUUGGGAUGAUCUGGAUCGGAGGUCUUGCUUGUACCAUCUUCUUCUGUUAUUUGUGGCGGGAGAAUCGGUUGCGGGAACAGGGGAAGAGGGAUUAUCGGUAUCAGUGGGCGAGAGAGGAGUUGGAGAAUGCUGGGGAUGAUCAUCCCAGUUUCCGGUUCACUUAUUGA